AUGAUCGGCCAACAAGCAAGAUUGAUGUUUCAAAAAAGAGCUUACAGCAACACAUCGUGCUCAAAGCCGUCGUUCUCGGUGUACAUCCACUGGCCAUACUGCGAGAGUAAAUGCACCUACUGCAAUUUCAACAAAUACGUCAAUCCAAAAAAUCCACCACAUGAUAGACUUGUAAAAGCCAUGAUCACAGAAUUAGAGUACUUUCUGAAUGAUCCAAGAUAUGGUCUGAAGGAUCGGAAAGUGCAUUCAGUGUAUUUCGGUGGUGGCACUCCGAGUUUGGCAAAGCCAUCAGCCAUCCAUGCCAUUUUAGAGACCAUUCGUAACCAGGUUGGAUUAUCUGAAGGUACAGAAAUCAGCAUGGAGGCAAAUCCCACGUCGAUGGAGCAAUCAAAGCUGGAGCAAUUUAGACAAGCAGGAGUCAACCGACUAUCAUUGGGCAUCCAAUCACUCAAUACGCAAGAUCUCAAAAUGCUGGGCAGAGACCAUACAAGAGGGGAGGCUCUAGAAGCACUGUCUAUGGCCAAAGACAUAUUCCAUAAAGAGAGUGUUACGUUUGAUUUGAUCUAUGCCAGGCCAGGACAAACUACCAAAGAUUGGGAAAGAGAACUUCAGCAAGCGCUUGAUAUAGCAGGCGAUCAUCUAUCCAUGUAUCAGCUUACCGUAGAAAGAAGUACACCUCUUCACAAGCAAUCAUUAAAAGGGCUAUUACCAUCCAUUCCUGAUCCCGAUACGGCAGCUGACAUGUAUGAGGCUACAGUGAGAAUCGCUGCAGACUAUGGCUACCAUCACUAUGAAGUAUCCAGCUACGCCAAAGAUCAGCAAGCUAUCAGCCGACAUAACUUUUCUUAUUGGCAAGGUAUGGACUUUUUAGGCAUUGGGCCUGGCGCACACGGUAGAUUGACAGACAUUCGCAAGAAUCAGCGAGCUCGCACAUUUGGCGAAUUUCACCCUGAUAAAUACAUGGCACUCUGUGAAACGGAAGGCGAAGGAAUUCGGAAGAUACAGCCUAUUUCGGUGCAUGAUAUGGCAGAGGAACUGAUUGUGUUUGGUAUGCGCACUCGGAUGGGCAUUCCUAGAUCAAGAUUUUCUAAAAUGACAAGCGGUGGGAUGCUGGAUCAAGCCAUAGACACGGAAGCACUCAAAUUAUUUACGGAAGCAAAUCUGCUCAUUCAAGAAGAUGCCAUGACGGAUGAUUUGCGCUAUUUCAUACCAAAGGAAUUGCUGCAUGAAUGGGAACAGGGAGGAGGCAUCCGGCCUACAGAAGCAGGCUUGGAAAGAAUAGACUACAUUCUGCCUAGACUGCUCAAAGUCAAAUCUAUUAAAGACUGA